AUGGAGUGGUACCUCGAGGGUGGGGGGGAUCAGGGCGCGGUGCCUCAAGGCGGAGGUGGGAAUGGAGGGGGGCCUCGAGGUGCGGUGCCUCGAGGCGUGGGGGCGGGGGUGGGGGUGAAGGGCCUUGGGGCACAAUGCAUCGAGGGGGGCGCAGUGCAUCGAGAGGGGUCUCGAGGCGGGGGUUGGUGGGCCUCGAGGUGGGGAGUGGGAGGGCCUCAGGGAGCGGUGCCUCGAGGCAGGGGUGGAGGUCCUUGGGGCAAGGUUCCUCGAGAAAGAUGUGAGGACGGGAGGGGACCUCGGGGUGCGGUGCCUCGAGGAAGGGGGUGGGGGGCCUCGGGGUACAAUGACUCAAGGCGGGAGGUGCGAGUAGGGGGGCCUCUGGGUGCGGUGCCUCGAGGCUAUGGUGGAGGGCUCGGUGCCUCGAGGUGGGGAUUGGUGGGCUCGGUGCCUCGAGGUGGGGAUUGGUGGGCUCGGUGCCUCAAGGUGGGGAUGGGUGGGCUCGGUGCCUCGAAACAGGGUGGGGGGCUCGGUGUCUAG